AGAAAAAAAUUCCUCUUGCUUUUGCAUCAACUGGACUGACAGCAGUAAGAUGCUCAAUGCAUAAGCAUCUGGAAACCAUCAGAAGAACAACAUGGUCAAACCUGGGAAUAGGAUUGCAACUCAUGGGGCAAGAAGCUUUUCCAAGAUCAAGGUUUCUGUGAGCCAAAGUGCCUCAAAUAGUUUUUCUCAUAUUGAGACUCAAGGAAAGAGGGGAAUGUAAAAACCUCAAGAAGGAAGCCUGGAAAAUAGACUUUGUGAACUCAGUUAGGCAGAGGUUGAGAACAAACACAAAAGAUAUCUUCAAGUUCUUAAAGGCAGCAGCCUUCAAGAAGCAGUAACACAUCUAAAACAUAAACAUUUGGAAACCAUCAGAAGAAGAUGGGAGAUCCUGGGAAAAGGGUUGCAACCCAUGGGGUGACAUGCUUUUCGAAAAUGAAGAUGUUUCUGUUGGCAUUAACAAUGGCAUAUCUAGCCAAAGCAUUAUCAGGAGUUUACAUGGUUUCCAUGCUCACACAAAUAGAGAGACAAUUCAAUAUCCCGACAUCUAUAGUUGGAUUUAUCAAUGGGAGUUUUGAGAUUGGAAACCUUUUGUUGAUUAUAUUCGUGAGUUACUUUGGAUCAAAACUGCACAGGCCUAUCAUGAUUGGUGCUGGUUGUGUGGUUAUGGGCCUAGGGUGUUUCUUAAUAUCAGUACCUCAUUUCCUGAUGGGUCGAUACGAAUAUGAAAAAACGAUCUCACCUUCAAGCAACUUGUCUUCAAACAGCUUCUUAUGUUUGAAAAAUAGAAGCCAGACCUUAAUGCCAACACCAGACCCAGGAGACUGUGAAAAAGAAAUUAAAUCCUUAAUGUGGAUAUAUGUACUGGUAGGAAAUCUUAUUCGUGGAAUUGGUGAAACUCCCAUUGUGCCCUUGGGCAUUUCCUACAUAGAAGAUUUUGCCAAAUCUGAAAACUCCCCUUUAUACAUUGGGAUUUUAGAAGCAGGAAAAAUUGCUGGCCCUAUGAUUGGACUUUUGUUGGCAUCUUUUUGUGCAAACAUCUAUGUAGACAUUGGGUCUGUGAAUACAGGUGACCUGACCAUAACUCCCACUGAUACGCGCUGGGUCGGUGCUUGGUGGGUCGGCUUUUUGAUCUGUGCAGGAGUGAAUAUCCUGACCAGCAUCCCCUUUUUCUUUCUUCCCAACAAGCUCCCAAAAGAAGGACUAGAGGAUAAUGCAGAUGUGACUACAAGUGACAAAGAGAAACACCAAGGAAAAGCAAGAAAGGAAAAACGUGGAAUCACUAAAGAUUUCUUUCCAUUCAUGAAGAGCCUCUUCAGCAAUCCGAUUUAUGUGCUUUUUGUCCUUGUAAGUGUGCUUCAGAUCAAUUCAUUUACCACAACAUUUGUCUUCCUUCCUAAGUACCUGGAACUGCAAUAUGGAAAAUCAACUGCAGAGAUAGUCUUUCUUAUAGGUAUCUAUAACUUACCUCCAGUAAUUACUGGAUAUUUAAUUGGCGGAUUGGUUAUGAAAAAGUUCAAGUUUACUGUCAAGAAAGCUGCAUAUGUAGCUUUCUGCUUAUCCCUGACUGAGUGGCUUCUAUUUUUAUUAAACUUUAUGUGGACCUGUGAUAAUUUCCCAGUUGCUGGCUUAACUACAUCUUAUGAACACGAACGAAUUCAGCAGCCAUUAUAUGUGGAGAAAAAGAUUCUUGCUAACUGCAACACAAGGUGUAACUGUUUAACCAAAACAUGGGAUCCAGUGUGUGGAGACAAUGGAAUAGCAUACAUGUCAGCCUGCCUUGCAGGCUGUGAGAAAUCUGUUGGAACAGGAAUUAACAUGGUGUUUCAAAAUUGCAGCUGCAUUCAGUCUUCAGGAAACUCAUCUGCAGUCCUCGGGCUGUGCAAGAAAGGCCCUGAUUGUACUAUAAAGCUGCAUUACUUUUUCAUCAUGGUAGUAAUUUGCAGUUUUAUCUACUCACUAGCAGCUCUACCUGGGUAUAUGGUUCUUCUGAGGUGUAUCAAGUCUGAAGAGAAGUCACUUGGAGUUGGAUUACAUGCAUUUUUCAUAAGAGUAUUUGCGGGCAUUCCAGCUCCUAUUUACUUUGGUGCCUUGAUAGACAGAACCUGUUUACACUGGGGAAAUCAGAAAUGUGGGAAGCCAGGGGCUUGCAGGAUGUAUGAUAUAAAUUACUUCAGGAGUAUUUUCAUUGGGUUGCCAGCAGCACUAAGAGGAUCAAGCUUCCUCCCAACAAUCUGUAUUCUGAUACUUUUGAGGAAGUUCCAACUCCCUGAGGAAACUGACUCUUCAGAGACUGAGUUUACAGAGAUGAAGCUCACAGAGAAGAAAAGCGAGUAUAUGGAUAUGCAGAGAAGUCCUGAAUCUGAUAACGACAGAGAACUGAAAACGAGGCUGUAAUGAGAUUUCUAUUGACCUGCAAAAGAGCAUGAACAGUGUGCAUAUGGUUCUUUUGAAUUAUGGGAAGUACUGUGGAAGCUAUUUUCUUGUGCUUGAGGAACCCAAAUUUAUUUUUAAUCAUGAUAAAAAUAUUUACUUAUAUUUCAGAAGCAUUAGAGUGACACUUAACAUUUUCCCAGGGAAGACUAUGGUGACCCCACCACAAUGAACUUCAGAGCUGCCUUCAUUGUCAAACAGCAUUUUCUCUUUAACUCAAUCAGAGCAAGUGCACCUUUCUUACAUAUCUGCAAAGAGCCUUAAGACUUUCCCAUGUCCAAACACUAUUAAAUUUCAUGGAAUUAUGCUUUGAUGUUAUAUUUAUUUAGAGUGAAACAUUUUCAUCUUGGUUAUGUUACAUUGAAAUUAUUUGUUCAAAUUUAUCAUUUCUAUAUGCAAAAUAUUAGCAUACUUCUUUGUCUAGCUAGGAGUUCUUAAUUCUCUUUUUUAUUCUAGGUAUGAUGCUUCUAAAAUUAGACUUCUUAUUAAAUGUCAUCUGUUGCUAUCAAUCUCCUGUUUCAUUACACAUGUCACAUAUUUGACAACUUAGAGCACUGAAAAUUUUAAUCAUAUUUUUUAAAAAUCAUGAAGCAAAGAUAUUUGGAACAUUUUUUCCUAGCAUUUCAAAGCUGUUCAUAAAACUUACUCUUAAAAGGAAGAAUUUGAGGAAGCCUGUACUUUCAUAGGUCUUCAUAGAGAAGGGGUUGUGUGUCAGUGGUACAGUGAUUGUCUAGUAUGUGUGAGGUUCUGGGUUCAACAUUGAAGUAGAGCAAAUUACUGAUAAUGAAAUAAAUAAAGGCUGGAUGCAGUAUCAGAUGUUCUUAAAAGACUAGUAUCUCAUAUUCAGGUGGCCCCUUAGACCCAGAAUUCAUUUUACAAAUGUGUCCUUAGACACAUUUAUUUUCAAAAUAGUCUUAGAGAUCAUUCUUAGAUCAGUUAGAUGGUUCAGUGGAAAGAAAUGUUUGCCACAAAACCUAACAAGAUGGGUUUGAUCCCAGAAAUCCACGUGGUGAAAAGAGAGAACCAUGACUUGAAAGUUGUCCUAUGUCAUCUACUCCUGUACUCUGGUGUACAUGCUCCACCUAUAAAUAAAUAAAUUAAUAAAAAGAUGAAAGAAAUUUAUAAA